AUUAAGUAUGUAUUUACUUUGUAAUAUAUUUAGUUUAAUAUAUUUUAUCUUUCACAUUUUACCGUUGAGUGGCGCAUAUAUCCUAAGCAUGGCUUCGCGUAUUAUGCUAUUCAGUGUAUCUUACUACUUGCUGUGAUUCUACUCGCAACUCCCUACUUAUAUUUCUCAACAUAUAUGUGGAUGAUCUUAAAAUAAAACAUUUACCAAUAUUGAAAGUACACAACGAAGUAAACCUGUACCUUUGAAAUCGAGAGAGAUGACACUUUUACUAACGAGUGUUGUUUUUGUCAGUUUAUUUCUGCUUUUCGCUCUUUGUCAAGAUUUACCUGUUAUUGCACCAUUCAAUUUUCCGCAGACUAUAAAAGUUGGUAACAGAAUAAGUGCAAUGUGUACUGCUACAUCUGGGGAUCAACCCUUUGUUUUUAACUGGAAAAAGGAUCAGGAAGAUAUAUCAGAAAAUUCUGUAAUUAAAAUCAUAACUGCUAAUCAUAUAUCAGUAAUAUCUAUCGAUUCUGUAAGUUCAGAAAAUGCGGGAAAUUAUACAUGUAUCGUAUCAAAUGCAGUCGGCACUGCAAGUCAUACAGCGACAUUGAUUGUUCCAAUAUCUCCAAGUUGGGAAAAAGAACCUAAAAAUGUAGAAGUUGUUGUUGAUACCAAUGUGACCAUCGAAUGUCAAGCGUCUGGAUACCCUAAACCUUCUAUAACUUGGAAUAUUAAAGGUGAUAUUUGAGACAACU